UUUCCCAACUCCAGUGAUUCCCAGACUGGCUGCCUGGCAGUGAGCUCUGUGCUCUGAUCUGCCCGCUCUGAUGGGGUUUCAUGCCCUCGUAAGCGUUGUUGGGGAUCCUGAGGGCAACACAGGUUCUGGCUGUUGAGCUCGUCCUCGCUAAUUCUCAUCUAUUGACCAUAUCAGCCUGCACAGAUGAGAGUCAGGACCAGCUAAUCUCAGCCUUACUGACAGCUAAUGGAUCAUCAACCAAUGACAGUGGCUACAAUCCAUAAAGGGAGCUAAAAGAACACUGAACGCAAGCGGCCCAAAGACGACUGGCAGAUAUGAGAGUGAUACUGGUGUGUGCUCUCCUCUCCCCCCUGUCUCUGUCACAUGCCUGUCCGAAGGAGUGUAGCUGCAACAGCAACACCAAAGUCGUAGACUGUCGGGGUCGAGGCCUAUAUGAUAUCCCUCGACGACUGCAUCCAGACACCCAAGAACUGUAUCUCCAAGACAACCGUAUCAGGGGGCUGGGAUCGAUGGCUUUCAGGGAAAUACCCCUUGUCCGCAUUCUUGACCUAUCUAAUAACUCUAUAACAUCUAUUUCGCCGACCGCUCUGCUCGGUCUGAGGACUCUGCAGCGCCUCAGCUUGGCCGACAACAGCCUGAGAGAGCUUGACAAACGGUUGCUCGGACCUAUCCGCUCGCUUUCACACCUCGACCUCUCGCACAACAGCCUGUGGGGUUUGCCCGGAGCCAUGGGGGACAGUUUGAGGAACCUCAGCCACCUGGGGCUCGCGCACAACAGGCUAACAAGAUUGGACCGCUCCCUUUUGGAGGCCCUGACUCACUUGGACAGCCUCACACUACGAGGCAACCCCUGGAGGUGUGACUGCCAGCUCAUAGGCCUCAAACUCUGGCUGGAGACCUAUCUCUUUAAAGGCGGAGGGGUUGAUGAAGUGCUUUGCUCCCAGCCAGAAGAAAUGAAGGACAGAGACCUGCAGAAAAUCCCUUACCAGCUCUUCCAUGCCUGUAUGACUACAAGCUACCAUUACCUGUUUGCUAACAUACACCACCUGGAGUCUGAGAGGCUACUGCGAGGCCACACCCAUGGCAACCAUGCUCAUCCCUCCAGCCACACUCUCCACGUCCCCAUGGCGAUGGGGGAGGGUUUUGGAGGUGGCGGGGGAGGAGGAGGAGGAGGAGCAGGGGGCAUGACAGAGUGUGAAACCAAGCAGAAGCAACGGCCUGUCAACUUGCGCCACGCUAUUGCCACGGUGAUCAUCACCGGUGUGGUGUGUGGGAUCGUGUGUCUGAUGAUGCUGGCUGCAGCAGUGUAUGGAUGCGCCUACGCUGCUAUCAUGGCCAAAUAUCAGCGGGAGUUAAAGAAGAACGAGGAGUUGGCAGCAGCGCGGGGAGCGGAUCAUGCCACAGCAGAUGAGAAGGAACCACUGGAGAAUGCUAUCGCCUAGGAGACGAUAAUACUAACCCUGGACUUCAAACUUGGGCCUCAACCCUUUAACCUACUCGUCUCUGGAUGCCAUGUGUGUGCAUGUAUGUUUGAGAAAAGAAAAAAAAAAAGAAGAAAGAGCGAGAGAGAGAGAGAGUGAGAUUAUUUAUUUUUGUGUACGUUCACUUCAUUUCUGAGACUUGGGUAGCUAAAUUUCACAGGUAUUUGACUAUGCACUGAUGAGAAGAUUAUCUUCUGCUGUAUGCGGGUUUGAGGGGCAGGCCAAAGAAUUCAAACAUAUAAAUUUGAUUUUGUCUGAGACAUGCAUAUCAAAGAUAGGAACAAAUUGCUAUAUAUUUAUAAUUGUGUACUUGUAGGUAUAAUAGUAAAGCUCUGGUAUUUAUAAAAUGGAUUUUAGAAGUUGGUUGUUGUCCAUAUUUUUGAGUCUGUUUUUGACGUAAUUUUGAAAACUCAUAGUAGGCAGCUGAUGUCAGUUUUGUCCUAAGUUGUUCGUAUCAUUGAUGUGAGCGUAUGAGAACAAGAGUGAGACUGUUUAUGUCAGUGUUUCAUCUGUGCUUGAGCGUGCGUGCGAAGAUGUAUACUGUGAGCACAUAUUACAGAGAAUUAUGCGUCUGUGCCUAAAAACGUUACAUAGCUUUGAGAAGGAAAUAUGUUUUCUUAUAGGAUAUUUUUCUGACGACUGAACUGAAAAUGGGAGAUUCGUUGAAGCAAUAAUGAAACAAACUAAAAUGAAAACAACAACAACAAAACCCGGACUCAGCCUUGUUGUUUUUCUAUGACUUUAAAGGUUCAUCAGUCUGAGUUAUCAUCCUGCUGUGCAGCACCACACCCACACACACACACACACAAACUUUUAGAACUACAGUUUUUGAGAUCAGUGAAGUCUUGUUUGUUAGUGAGUUAAUGCUGAUUACAUAAUGGUAGUCAUGUCCUUCAAUAUGUAUUAUAUAAAAUAAAAGAAAUAUUUUACCUGA